AUGUUUACAUCUUUACUAUUGUCCUUACAAGAGUUUUCGAUUGGAGACCUCGUGCGCCACCUGAGCAAUGAAGUCGUUGAUUUAUACGUUCGGGAAGAAGUUGCUCUUAUUGGCACGAUGCUAUCUUUCUUCGAGAUUACUAAGGUUGCUUUUGAUAGCCUCAAGCCCAACCGGUUAGAUGAUAUUGACUAA